AUGAUGCAAGUUUCAGUGCUGGAGAAAGCCGAGGAACUAUCGCCUGAGGUCAGCAGUGGUCAUGCAGUCGAUGGCGAUGUGCAUCAACCCGCUCCAUGUGAAUCCAGCCCCGUACCAUCUGUGUCUCCAUCCGAUGAUUCACCUAGCAAAGAAAAAAAGAAAAAGAAACAUCCCGAUAUGCCUCGUUACGCUGACAAAUUCCAAUAUAAAAAGCUUACACCUAGUCCAUCAUCUUGUCCGAAGAAGAUUCCAGAGGCUGAACAGGCUCAGAAGCAACCUUCUCUUGUUCAGGCACAAGACAGUUCGACUCCCUGUAGUGUUGAAAUGUAG